AUGCCAGCGAUCCCAGUGAAAGGCCCGACCGCGAACGGCCCCUGGGCGGAGUGCCGCGGCGCAACUCCCAACGAACGAAUGCGGCGAGCGGCUUGGCCUCGGCAAGGCACCGAGAACUCCCUCAUGUAUCGGAAUCCAAUGGAACGAAGAGCCACGCAUGACGGCUAG